AUGCCGCUACCGGAGGCGAAAUUCACACAGCGUUUAGAAUCUCUGGAUAACGGAAAAGCAGUUCAUUUCGCAUUCGGCGAGGUGCAGUUUGCGAUCCAGGCAACUCGCUACUACGCAGGAUAUGCAGAUAAAAUCAAUGGAAAACUGCUGGCAUCCGAUGGACCUGUAGUCAGUUUCACUCGGCGGGAACCUGCCGGAGUUGUGGUAGGCAUACCCUUGUGGGACUAUCCAUUCUUCCUAGCCAUUGUAAAACUGGCUCCCAGUUUGUGUGCUGGUUGCACGUUAGUCCUGAAACCCCCCGAGCAAACUCCUUUGUCCGCUAUUUACUUGGGCAGUCUCAUUCGUGAAGCAGGAUUCCCACCAGGCGUAGUGAAUAUUCUACCUGGAUACGAUAAGACUACUGGCGCCGCUUUGUGUCUGCAUCCGGAUGUUCGAGUUAUCUCAUUCGCCGGGAGUACGGAAUUCGGUCAAUUCGUUAUGAAUGCAGCAGCGUCUAAUGUAAAACAAGUAAAGUUGGAAUCUGGUGGAAACUCUCCGCUCAUCAUUUUUGCUGAUGCCGACUGAGUGAAUCUCGCUGAUUUGAGCAACGGAACAGUCAAACAUCACAUGUUCCUCUUACUUCGCCUUUGUCACGAUUUCCUUUCAGUUGAGGUGGCUGCGCGAACGGCACACGAAGCCACAAUGGGUAACCACGGACAAUGUUGUUCUGCGGGUACUCGAAUCUUUGUCCAAAGUCCGAUCUACGACAAAAUGGUUCAAAGGCUGAAGGAACUGGCUGAAGCUCGCAAAGUCGGUGAUCCAUUUGCCGAGGACACUGUGCAAGGUCCUCAGGUGGACGAGGUACACUUCAAACGAGUGAUGUCAUACAUUGAGUCAGGCAAAAAAGAAGGCGCGCGUCUGGUUACCGGGGGUGCCCGUGUCGGCCACAAGGGUUACUUUAUCCAACCAACGGUGUUCGCUGAUGUGACUGAUGAGAUGACCAUUGCCAAGGAAGAGAUCUUUGGUCCAGUUCAAUCGAUCUUACGGUUUGAUACAUUUGAAGAGGUAGUUGAGCGUGCGAAUGCUACAAUAUAUGGGUCCUCUGGUGGUGUGUUUACCUCGGACAUGGACAAAGCAAUGCGUCUGGCUCAGGCGAUUGAGGCGGGUACCUUCUGUAUUAACUCGUACAAAUGUGCCGCCGUUCAAGUACCGUUCGGUGGUUACAAGAUGUCCGGGAUAGGAAAUGAACUUGGUGAGGCAGGCGUGGAAUCCUAUUUACAAACCAAGGUUGUCACAAUGCCAAUCUCGCAGAAGAAUUCCUGA